CAGCCCCGUCUUGGCUUCAGGGUCUCUGGACGCAUGUGGGGCACCAGGCAGCACCCCAUGGACUUGAGCGACCGGGUGCUUUGGCCAGCAGCUCUGCUUUGAGGCCCCCUGCUGCUUUGGCACUGGCCAAAGUGCUGGCAAGCCAGGCUGGCAAGAGGGGGCCCCCGGGGUCUCCGUAGGAUGGCACGGGCCCUGGGCUGUGCACCCCUGGAAGCCUAGAAGCUGCGUGGUGGACCACCCGUCCUUGCCAGGCUUUCUUCCCAGUGAGCAACAGAAGCAUGGAUGCCAACCUACAGGGGACGUUCCUGCUCAACAACCCUCCGCUCCCCGCUUUCUCGGAGGUGAAGGCCCCCAUGUGCCAGUACUCCAUGCAGAAUUCCUUCUACAAGCUCAGCCCGCCCGGGCUCAGCGCCCAGCUGGCCGCAGGCACCCCACACGGCAUCAGCGACAUCCUCAGCCGGCCGGUGGCACCUGCGAACAGCAGCCUCCUCUCCGGCUACCCCCCAGUGGGUGGCUUCAACGGACUGGGCACCCAGAGUCUUUAUUACGGAUCCCAAGUGGGGAACUUCUCCAAGGCAGGGAGCGAAUACACGGCCAGGGCCAGGAGCUGUUGGGGAGACACGGGCCAGGAGUGGCAUGGAGGCCGGCCGUGUGGCAACCCCACCGGGCACGUGGGCGACAGCCUACACAAGAAGAAGCACACCCGGCCCACCUUCACAGGCCACCAGAUCUUUGCACUGGAGAAAACCUUUGAGCAGACCAAAUACUUGGCCGGGCCAGAACGGGCACGGUUGGCAUAUUCCCUUGGCAUGAGCGAAUCCCAGGUGAAGGUGUGGUUCCAGAACCGACGCACCAAGUGGAGGAAGAAGAGUGCCCUGGAGCCAUCGUCGUCCUCCCCCCGAGCAGGGUCUGGACCAGGUGAGCGCUCCGUCUCGGAUGAGGAUGAUGAGUACAACAAGCCCUUGGACCCAGACUCGGAUGACGAGAAGAUCCGCCUCCUGCUACGCAAGCAUCGGGCAGCCUUCUCCGUUCUAGGCUUGGGCUCCCACAAUGGCUGAGGCAUCCUUAGCUGAUAGGGAAAACGCCUGCAGCCCAGAGCGGACAGAGGCUGGAUCCAGCAAGCUGGGCUUGAGGGGUUCAUGUGGAGGGUGGGGUGGGGAGGGCUGAGACGGCCUGGGUCCCUUGAGAGGCCCUCCCCUAAUGGAGGAAGAACAACAGAUAGGGAUCGGGGUUGUCAGCUCCAGACUCUAAUCAGACUGGUGGUCACCUUCAUAACUGCAUGCAGGACUUAAGGUGAAGAUGGAACAUUUUAACAGCAGCCACCGCAGGUCCUUCUCAUCUGGGGUGAUGCUUCACACACACACACACACACAUAUAUGUAAGUUAAAUGCUGGGUCAGCUUCCCUCACUCAUGGUUGAGGUUUGUCAUCUGCAUUCUCUUAAACUGGCAUAUAGAUGUUAAUAUUUAUGUAGUUUCAUCCUUUGCUGUAAA